UGUACAACUUUUGCAAUAUUUUAAACCGUGUUUUAACUGUGAAUUGUGAAUUGAUUUCUUUCGAAAAAAAAAAUUAUGCGUUAAUCUUCAUACAUCGGUAAAUUGUUUGACCGAUUCUUAAAUAAAGUUUGAAAAGUGUAACAUCUUUGUCAAUUGGAUUUCUAACUCUUUUCAUUAACUAAUACCCCCUGUUGGCAUUUUUCCUGCUUCAUCCUUUAAUAAAAUACCUUUUCAAACUUGAUAAACUUGGUUCUACCUGCUUUAAAUAUGCUGCAAAAUACUCAGGCCGAGGACAUAAUUUCGGUUAAAAAACAUACCCCUUCCAUAAAAAGCACCAUCACCACCACAACCACCUCCUUAUCCGCUACAUUAACAUAUGAUGAUGAGCUGAAUAGAUUACCUAGAAAGAUAGCAAAACGUGUUGUUACCUUUCAACCUCGUAGUUCACAAUUAGAUCGUGAAACUUUAGAUUCGCAUCAGUAUCCAUUUCGAGGAUUUUUUACGUUAUUCUGGAUAGCAAUGGGCUUUUAUAUAAUCCAAACUGGUGUAAAAAAUUUUCAAUCAGCAGGAAUUUUAUUAGAUUUAACAUUCUUCCGAUUAUUUUCACAAGAUGCAUUGGGGUUGAUUUUAAGCGAUGCAUGUAUGGUCGGAUCAAUGUUUUUCGCAGUUUUACUUCAAAAAGCAAUUGCACAUGGUUGGAUUAGAUGGAGAUAUACAGGAAUGAUAAUUCAACACAUUUUUCAAAUUACUUUUUUGUUUGUUCCUAUUUAUUGGACAUUUUUUAAAGGCUGGCCAUGGGUACAAAGCGGUUUCUUUGUUCUCCACACGAUUUCUAUGUUAAUGAAACUUCAUUCUUAUUCUUUUUACAAUGGCGAGUUGUCUACUUAUGUUAUUUAUCUUUACGAAUUGAAGAAAAAAUAUGCUAAUUUAAUUGGAGAUUCAAAAAAAAACGAUAACGAAAUAGAUGAAAAGAAAGAAGAUGAAAAGCAACAAAUCUUGGAUCAAUUAAAAAGCAAAAUUGAACAAGUUGAGGGUUAUCUUCAUAGUCCAGCAGGAAAUAUUCGUUAUCCAGAAAAUGUAACUUUUGCAAAUUACGUAGAUUUCUUAUUGGUCCCAACCUUAGUAUACGAACUAGAAUAUCCAAGAACAGAAAAAAUUCGUCCUUGGUAUCUUUUUGAAAAGAUUUUGGCUACCUUUGGAACAUUCUUCCUUCUAUAUGUAAACACAGAGACAUAUAUAAUUCCUGUCCUCCCUAAUGUUUCAACUUCAAUUUAUAACGCAAUGGUGCAAAUGCUUUUUCCAUUCAUGAUGAAUUAUUUAUUAAUAUUUUAUAUUAUUUUUGAGUGCAUUUGCAAUGUAUUUGCAGAAUUAACUUGUUUUGCUGAUCGUAAUUUUUAUGAUGAUUGGUGGAAUAGUACAACAUGGGAUGAAUUUGCAAGGAAAUGGAACAAACCUGUACAUCACUUUUUACUUCGACAUGUAUAUCAAUCUUCAAUCGAAUCCUACAAAUUGUCUAAAAGAGACGCUACAUUUAUGACAUUCUUUCUAUCAUCUUUAAUACAUGAACUUGUCAUGGUUGUAGUAUCUAAAAAAAUUCGAAUGUAUUUAUUUUUUCUUCAAAUGUUUCAACUUCCUUUAAUUUGGUUAAGUAAAUUACCCGUAAUCAAAGGAAACAAAUGGUUUGGCAAUGCGUUCUUCUGGUUCUCAUUAUUUUUAGGACCUCCAAUGUUAGGAAUUUUAUAUUGUAGAGAAGUAUUUGCAUCGGAUUAAUAAAAAGUACUUAAAUUCAUUCUUUAAAUAUUCAAGAGAUAAAGUUGUAAUUUUAAUACAAUUAUUUUCAAUAAAUAAAAAAUAAUUUCUGAAGGGUGAUGACCUAUGUAUGAUCGUCAUCAUAUAUCAAAACCGCGAUUCUGGAUCAGAUUAAACGAGACGUUUUUACAAUAACACUUAAUUUGGGAAGAGGUCUCCCUCUUUGGAUGCAACAAUUUCACUAGUUAUGGAUUUAUCGAGCGGAUAAUUAUUAUACCAGCCUAUAAUUUUUGACGCUGCACCGCAGAGGAAAAGAAGUCAGCUAAAACUUGAUGUAGAACUGGGUACGGGUUUAAUUACUAAUACUUAAUAGUUUUAAUUGCCAACCCGGAUAAGAUCGGCACUAUCGCUAUAUAAACGUAUU